AUGACCACGACACCACCCCUCGCGACGGGUGCCAACCCUCCGAUUCCCGCCGAACAGCUCGCCGCACUUACAUCGCUGCUGUCGGGUCUCACCGCUGCCGCUUCCGGCACUGCCACACCCGCCACGACGUCCGGCACCACUCGCACUGCCUUUCCAAAGCACGCACGCUUGGAUGGUGCGAAGACCUUCGCGAACUGGACACGCCAACUUCGCCUGUGCCUAGCGGACGACAUCCGCUCGUACGUCCUCGACGGUAUCGCACCCGACGACUGGACACCUUCGCAACGCUCCGCUCGCGACGCCGUCGCUCGUGAGGUCCUUGCGAAUUCGAUUGACUCGGCCGAAGUCUCGGCAGUCCUCGACAAAAUCCCUACCGCCGACCUGACAGCGCCGACAAUCUACUCGACGCUGAAAUCGCGGUACGCCCCUGACGACGCCACCCGCACGCUCGAGCUCUUCUCACGACUCUGGGGUUUCCGUCCCAUGCCCGGCACGGUUGCCGAAUUCGACGGGUGGAUCAUGGACUUCAAAGCCGUUGCGCAAGAGAUCAUCGACACAAAGACAACUAUCAAUGAUGUUCUCGCCACACUCCUCCUUGCAAUCGCCCACCCGUCCCUCGAGAGCUUCAAGGCGUCGUUCACCGAUGAACAGCGCACGCAACGAACUCUCCCCGACAUUGAUUCGCUUGCCGACCGUAUGCGAGUCCAACUUCGGUCAACGAACAUCCCCAGCACUCAAUCGGCCCUUCUUGCCUCGUCGUCGUCACGUUCUACUCGUCUCAAGUGUCUCGCCUGUCGCAGCCCUUCGCACCGAGUCGCGGAGUGCCCUACGAGGGCGCAACACCCGCCGCCAGGACCCUGUCGCUCCUGCAAGAAGAAGGAUCACUGGUCUCUCGACUGCAAGAAGGCGCUCGAGGACGGCAAAAAGCCCGACACCGCUGACUCGACCGUCGACUCGCAACACCAUGUCGGAUGUCUCGCCACCGGUCUUCUCGCUCGUCGUCGCCAGCUUCGCAACCACUCUUUUGUCGUCGACUCGGGCGCCACUUCGCACAUGGUCUCGGACAAGUCGCUGUUCACGACCUAUCGCCAUAUCGCUCCUACGAAGAUUGGUGGUAUUGCAGGGGGCAUCAACGCCAUCGGAACGGGAAACAUCGCCUUCAUUGCCGCCUCGGGUCAUCCGAUCACGCUUACCGGCGUGCUGCACACUCCGGGCCUGUUUGUCAAUCUUCUCUCGGUCUCUCGACUUUGCGACACCGACGAUGUCCGUGUCGCCUUCACAAAACACGGCAUCCACAUUGACAAGGACGGCAACGACAUCGCUGAAGGCGCACGACUCGACGAAGGGCUCUACUUGCUGGACGCUGAUCAUUCCAAAUGUCAGCACCUUGCUCUCCUUUCUCGCUCACAGUCGUCCGUGCCCCUGCUGACUCUCCAUCGCUGCCUCGGCCAUCUCGCACCGUCCUCCAUACAGAAGAUGGUUGCCGCUGGUUUGCUGGAGGGUCUCAGGGCCGGAUAUAGUGACGAAGAGGUAGAGAAGUUUGUCUGCAAUGCUUGCCUCAGCGCAAAGGGCCAUCGUCUUCCCUUUCCCGAUUCGGAUUCGCACUCCUCAGAGAGACUCGGCCUUGUACACAGCGAUGUGCUUUCCUUCCCCGAGCGGUCCUUGACUGGCAAACGUUACCUGGUCACAUUCCUUGACGAUUACUCGCGCAAACUCUGGGCCUACGCAAUCGGACACAAAAGCGAAGUCUUCGGCAUAUUCAAAACUUGGCUAGCCGAGGUUGAACUCGAGACGGGUGCGACGCUGAAGGUCCUCCGAACCGACAACGGUGGCGAAUACUGUUCGAGAGCGUUCACAGAGUUCUGCAAGACACGAGGCACCCGUCGACAAUACUCUAUCCCACGCACGCCUCAACAGAACGGUCGUGCAGAGCGGGUCAAUCGUUCCAUUGUCGAAGGCGUCCUUGCCCUCCUUGUCGACGCCCACCUACCCAAGACAUUCUGGGAGGAGGCUGCAGCUUAUUUCGUUUACUGCAAGAACCUGUGUCAACACGCGGCCCUGGACAAGGCAACACCAAACUCCGUCUGGCAGGGUGACCACACCACUGCCUCGGCGCUUCACCCGUUCGGCUGUACAGCUUGGCUUACGGUCGCGCCCGAACUUCGCUCCAAACUCGACCCGAAGGCGGUUCGCGUUUUUUUCACCGGCUACGACCUGGCUUCAAAAGCCUUUCGCUUCUACGACACUACAACACAGAAGAUUAUACUUGGCAGAAAUGCCACGUUCCUCGACACUGAAUUCCCCGGAUUACAUGGCGACCCCACUGAGCAAGACGGCGACACGCACUUCGCCAGCGCUCCCACCACCGAAUCUCAAACCGUUGUCAAGACAUGGACCCCACUAGUAAGGUCGGCGCACAUGGACGUCUCAUCCCCCUUGAUGAUUCUGCCAUGAGCGCCGUUGACGUGGCCCCAGGGUACACUGGCGGAACCUUACUUAACUUCACAGAUGCCGAAUCGUCCUCGUCACCGUCGCCUGCGUCGCCCUCAUCACCGUCGUCUGCGCCAUCGCCUGCACUUUCACCAUCGUCGGCUGCGUCAUCGUCACCCUCGGCCUUACCGACCGACUCUGAAGACUCCGCCGAUCCCCUCGACCUCCUCGGCUCACAGCCCCAGGUUCGCCUCGAUCUACAGGACGUGCACCACCCAGACUUCAGCACGUACCGCGAGCCCGCAUCGGCUGAGGAGUCGCCCGACGAACUCGACCUCAUUGGGCGCCACUCUCGCGACGAAUCUCCGGACGAAAUCGAUUUCCUCACCCGACACCACCGCGCCUUCAUCGCCAUCGACGACGACACCUCUGACACAGAGGCAAUUCAGCCAGUCAAGUCCAUCACGAGCGACCCACAGACCUGGCGCGAGGCGAUGUCUAGCGACAAGCGUGAAGUAUGGGCCAAAGCCGCCACCGACGAGUUCACCUCCAUGCGCGACGACUUCAAGGUCUUCACCAUCGAGGACCGAGCCACGGUGCCCGCGGGUGCGACUAUCGUUACAUCCAAGUUCGUCUGGAAAACGAAACGGAACGCACUCGGCGAAGUCACUGGACACAAGGCAAGGCUGGUCGCGCAAGGCAAUCGGCAACGCGACGGCAUCGACUUCAACGAAACGUUCGCACCGGUCGCACGCUUCUCCUCGAUACGCUCACUCCUCGCGCUGGCGGCCGCCAACGGCUUGCACGUGCACCAGGCGGACAUCGACAAAGCAUAUCUGCAUGGCGACCUUGACCACGACAUCUGGAUGACGGCACCGCGCGGCUUCGACCUUCCCAGCGACAAGGUGCUUCGCCUGCGACGCUCCAUCUACGGGCUCAAACAGGCUGGCCGAAUCUGGAAUCGACACAUCGACGCUUCGCUUCGGGCCCUCGGUUACACGGCGACGGGCACCGACCACUGCGUAUACUCUUGGCUCGAUGAUCGUCAAUGUCCACACUACAUCGCACUGUACGUCGACGACCUCCUGAUGAUCAGCCCGGAACUGGCCGAAAUCGAACGUGUCAUCUCAGGCCUGGACCAACGCUACGGAGUCAAGCGCCUCGGCCCGGCCGAGUAUAUCCUCGGCAUCCAGAUCAGGCGGUUCGACGACGGCUCUAUCGCCCUAUCCCAGGAACGGUACAUCAUGGACGUGCUCGCUCGGUUCCACUUCGACACCACGACUCGCGGCACUACAGUUCCGAUGACUCCCGGCCUUUCGCUCACUGCUAUCCCGGGUCAAGGCACCGAACGGAUCAGGUCAUGGUAUCUGCAGGCUAUCGGCUCGCUCCUCUACAUUUCGCUCGGUACCCGCCCUGACAUCGCCUUCGCCGUGUCCUACCUGGCCCGCUUCGCCAACAACCCCGGUCGUCGUCAUUGGAUUGCGGUCAAGCACAUCCUACGCUAUCUCCGGGCCACGUAUCGCAACGAACUCGUGUAUGCUCGCGGCCAGGCUCGCAUCACGGGUGUGGUAGGCUACUCCGACGCGAACUGGGGGGCCUGCAUCGACACAUCGGUGUCCACCAUGGGCUACGUCUUCUACAUCGCUGGCUCGGCCGUGUCCUGGUCGUCCAAACGCCAGUCUCGAGUUGCCGAUUCGACCACCGACGCUGAAUACCUCGCCCUCUCGCAUGCUGGCAAGGAAGGGAUUUACCUCAGUCAGCUGCUCGAAGAGCUCCAUGUACAACCUGUUGCACCGGCUCACAUCUUUACUGACAACGAAGCCGCUGCUGCAGUUGCUCACGAUCCUGUCCGCGUCUCUGGCACUCGGCACAUACGCUUGCGUGAGCACUUCGUUCGGGACAUGGUGAAUCGGGGCGACAUCUCUCUCUCGCAUGUGGGUACCAGCGACAUGGUGGCCGACAUCUUCACCAAGGCUCUCGGCCCAAAGGUCUUCUCAACGCACUGCUACGCCCUCGGCCUUCGCACUCGACACCCGCGGCUUGGGUCUGCCUCGCAUUCGCGUGGGGGGGGUGUGAAGAGUCCACUCUCAGCUCGACAGGGGCGCCUCGGUCGUUGCGCGCACUUGCUAGCCCGCCCCCGGCGGUGGGGACUUAGACGCGCGCGACUGCCUCAGCGCGCCAGCGCCGGCGGAUUCAUGCGCGCGCCCGCUAGCCCGCCCCCUUGCGGUGGGGACUUAGGCGCGCCGGCGAUUUCACCCGCGGCUGACUUAGGGAUGUACAUUGUCACGCGCCUGGGACUAUCCCAGCGUGGCCCCCCCUUUCUGUUUCUUAGCUUCCUUCUCAUCACUUCUGUUCGACUCUCAACCUCUCCUGACAGUAGUGGUGAACGUCUCAUAGGUACGCUGAAAUAGAUCACUUCUGUUCGACUCUCAACCUCUCCUGACAGUAGUGGUGAACGUCUCAUACUCGAGCGUGUUCAGACUCGACUGACCGCUUCAAUGACGCAGAGCCACAGUCGACGUCGAAGAGUAA